AUGGCGUCCGCCAACCUUCCCGCUAUCUUCAAUGCCACGAGCCAGGACAUCGAGGUCCUCCUGGCAGCUCAGUGCCACAUCGGCUCCAAGAACUUGCAGGUUCACAUGAACCCAUAUCUGUGGAAGACUCGCGCCGACGGUGUCAACGUCAUCAACAUCGGCAAGACCUGGGAGAAGAUCGUCCUCGCUGCACGCAUCAUCGCCGCUGUUGACAACCCAUCGGAUGUCUGCGUUAUCUCCGCUCGUCCGUACGGUCAGCGCGCCGUCUUGAAGUUCGCCGCCCACACCGGUGCUCAGGCCAUUGCCGGUCGCUUCACUCCCGGUUCGUUCACGAACUACAUCACCCGCUCGUUCAAGGAGCCGCGCCUCAUUGUGGUGACGGACCCGCGCACCGACGCCCAGGCCAUCAAGGAGGCCAGCUACGUCAACAUCCCCGUCAUCGCCCUGUGCGAUACCGACUCGCCGACCGACUUCGUCGACGUUGCCAUCCCCACCAACAACAAGGGUCGCCACGCCAUUGGUGCCGUUUGGUGGCUGCUGGCCCGUGAGGUCCUCCGUCUGCGCGGUACCAUCUUCAACCGCGAGACCCCCUGGGACGUCAUGGUGGAUCUGUACUUCUACCGCGACCCUGAGGCUGAGGCCGAGGAGAAGGCCGAGGAGGAGAAGCUCGCAGCCGUCGAGGAGGAGCCCGUUGUUGCCGAGGCCCCUGCCUUCGGUGGUGGCGACUGGGAAGCUGCUCCGGCUGGCUUUGCCGGUGCUACUGGCGCAGCUACGGCCACUGCUACUGCCGGCUGGGACGAUGCUGCUCCCAACCAGCAGUGGAGCGCUGAGACCGGUGGUGCCCAGUGGGGUGACGACGCUGCUCCUCCCAAGGAGGGCACUCAGUGGUAA